CAAUACUUUCCUUCAGCGUGAUUAAUAAUUUUAGUAAAAUUUAGAGGUAAAGGUUUAUUUGCUUGUACCCAUCUUGCUUGCGCAAACGAUGUUACAGGUUGUGUUUUGGUUAUUUUGACUUGAACAAGUGUAAGUGUUUAUUAUAGUGUUUACAUACUUUUUUUUGUUGUGAUUACAAUAUUGCAUGAAGUGACAUCGACAUUCUAGUGUAUAUUCAAUAAAUUAUAAGUUUUGAGGUAUUUACAAUUAUUGUUUUUGUAUUAGAAGUUUGAUAAAUGAAAUGAAUUAUUUAUCAUUGAGCAAACCUAAUAAAUAAUGGAAUUAUCAAUAGACCCAUAUGAGCAACAACUUUUGAAUGUAUUUACGAGUCACGAUUUAAGCAAAUCUGGAACUCUUGAUCGCGAAGCCCUUACUAGUUUAUGUAAUAAUUUACAAUUAGAAGAUAGAGGUAAUAGAUUAGUCAAAUAUUUGCUUGAUGAUACUAAAAAACAUCGCAUUUCAUUUCAAGAAUUCAAAGAAGGUUUAUUGGCAAUUUUGUCUGCGGAUACAAAACGUGAAGAUCAACAUCUUUUAGAAGAUAGUGGCAAGGAGUCGGAUAGAGAGGUUUCUCCUAAAUUAAUCUUAGGUUCAAAGAAAUAUGGUCGAAGAUCAAAGCCACAAAAUUUUGACAAUGAAAACUUGAAAUCAGAUGAGAGAUAUCAGCAAAAUAAAAUUGAUUACGAUAUAAAAUUUGAUCAGAAAGUAAAACGUUCUAUGUCACAAAGUGAAGUGUGUGGAUCUAAUAAUCACUCUGUAAAAUUAAAACGCUGUGCUUCUCUGCCUACUUAUAAAAGUGCAAAUAAAGAUUUAUCUAAUAUUGAACAACCUAUUUCAGAAGAAGAAAUUAUUUGUUUGCGAGAUACUUGGCAAAGGUUGGGUGUGGGAUUAGAUGGAUAUUUGACUCAAAUCGAAUUUGAGAAAGUUUGGGAGUGCAUUGGUUUACAUAAGUCUGCGAUAGAUAUUGUAACUCAGCAGUUUGAAAAUUUGGAUACCGACAAUGAUGGUCGAAUAAGUUUUGAAGAAUUCUUACUUCUCUUCAAACAUAAUAGUGAUUAUCCUUGUGAAAACAUGUCAUUAUCUAAAAUUGAUGAUGGUCUAGAACUUGACAGUGGAUGUCCAAUGGAUGAUAUGAAUUUUGGAGCUCCCACGAUUAUGUGGCCAAAUAGUGCUGGCGUAAUAACUAAUAGAGAAAUAGUUGAUAUUUGGAAGAAUGCUGGUGUAUCGAAUCCAGAUGUACUAUUACAAGAUUUAGGAUUUGAUUGUUCUGAAGUUCAAGUAGCAGAAUUGGGCAAUGUCUUGGAAUAUGAAAUUCGUGAAGUACAGAAUCUCAAUUUAGGAAUGCAUCCGCAUAACCCAUUGCUAUCAUUGUUACAGGCAUCUUUAGCAUUAAAACGUGCAGAACUUGAAGCAUUGCGACAAGCAUUCAAACAAAUUAUUGAUGAGAGUAAAAAAUUAAAAGUUGAUAAUCGAGAUGCUAAUCAUAGAGCAGCAUUGUUGGCUCAAGAAGUGGAUGAGCAUCAUGCUAAUUUAGAAAGCAGUGCUCGAAAUCAAAUGCAACAAUUGGAACAAAAACAUUCUGAAACUCUGAGGGAUUUAAUGAAUCAAUUAUCCACAGAACGAGAGACUUGGGCAAGCACAACCAUGAAAUUGGAAGCAAAAAUUGAAAAGUUAGAAAUGGAGGAGAACAAGUUACGAUCAGAUUUAGAAAAAGCCAGAACUGAAAAUUCCAAUAUGGAAUCAGAACAAAGAAAUCUGCAAGAGCGUAUUGUAGAAUUGGAGGAAUCUAGAGUAUGCAUCUUAAAAGAAUUAAAGUGUCUUCAAGGAGAAAAAGAAACAAAUAUUGAUAAGACGUGUGAAGAAAAAUUACAAGAAAUAUCAACUCUAUUGGAACAGGUUUCAUCAUUGCAAGUGGAGAAUACUAAUCUGAGAGAUAGAAAUGAUGAACUAUGUGUAGAAGUUGAAAAUUUAAGUUCUGAGUUAUCAGCUCUAAAGAUUAAAAAGAGUGUCUAUAAUGAGAACUGUAUGAAGCAAGAUACAAGUUUAAAUGAUUUAGAAAAUUCAGACCACAGCAUGGCUAUAGCAAUGAAACGCAGAGGGGACUCUCCAAGUAAAACAAAUAUCGCAGAUGAAAGUAGUCCCAGAUUGGGAAAAUUAAGGAAGUGUUCUAAGGAAAAUGAGCAAGAAAGUAAAAUGUGGAUGCAACUUGAUCAUGAACUAGAUCAUUCAUCCCUUACUGAGAUUGAGAAAAGCAUGUUGCAACAAAAAGUAAAAUUGAGUGAGUGUGUUGGGGCUGAACUUGAAGAAGUGUCUCAGUUGAAAGCAAGAGUAAAAGAUCUGGUAAAUCAGUUAAACAAGAUUGAAGAGAAUAAUGAGCUUGCCGAUUUAAAAACUGAACACGAAACAUGUAUCAAAGAGAAGAAGCAAUUGCAAGAACAAUGUAAUGAAUUGGAAGCGAGUUUAGAAUUGUUGAGAACUGAGUAUGAGCGCUGUGAAGAUUAUUGGGCUUCUAAAUUGGAUGAAGAGCGUCAAAUAUAUGACCAAGAACAGAGAUUAAAUGAUGAAAAAUUUGCUGAACUCUUGAAGAAGAUGUCUGAAUAUGAAGAACAAUUUGGGACAACUGGCAGACUCUCACCUAUAGAAGAACGGUGUCAGUUAGAGCAGCAGUUUGCAGAUUUGGAAAAUGAGUAUGAAGAAUAUCGAAGUAACAUGGAGUUAGAACUCGAAACUCGGAAUGAAGAAAUUAAUACAUUAAAAGAAAAACUAAAUAUUUUGACAAAUUUAGAAAAAGUUUCUAAAGAUAAGGAAGUUGAAAACAUAAAAACUGUAGAUGAAAAAUCUGAUACCACAAAUGGUGUAAGUGAUAGUGCAUCUAGCUCAAUUAGCUAUUUAUGCCAUAGAGGAAAUGACAAUGUAAAUGGCUUGAAAAUUACAAGAGAUUAUCAAAAUCCUAAUUUUGCUUGGCAGAAUCAACAAUAUACAUCUAAUGAACAGAAUAUCUGGAAAACUGAAAGUCCUGAACAACAAGAGAAAAAUGAUCAUAAAACAUUCAUUAUGACAUGUGAAAAUCUUGAAUUAUCUCAGGAUGUAACUGACAAUGCAACAACAAACAGUCCAAAUUCAACAUUGCUAUGUGCUGAUAUAACCGGCCAAGAUGUUAAGCGAUUGAAGUUGCAGCACACACAAUUCAAUGAAGAGUUAAAAACAUUGCAAUUACAGAAGGAAGUACUGAUGGGAGAUAUACAUAUGUUGUUAUCAUCAAAAAUCAAUGCUGAACAAAAUUUGUUUGCAUUACAACAGAGAUCAUCCAGUUCAAUGAGUCGCGUCCAGCAAUUGGAGCAGAGAUGCCGACAUUUACAAAAUGUUUUAAGACAGCAACAACAGUAUUCCGAAUCUGUACUUCAGCAAUGUUGGCAACAAAGUCGAGCAGAAGUCGCCGAUUUGCAUCAUCGAAUAGAUAUUCAAAGUCGAAUUUGUGCUGAACAACAAUCUCGUCUAAUACAAAAUGAUAUGCUGGCUAAAGAAAUGUACUGUGAAAAUGCUCAACUUACUGCUACAGUACAAAAACUUGAACAAAAAUUGCGUCAUAUUUCUAGAAAUGGUACAGGAAGUCAAUAAAAGGUAUACAUAUUUUUGAUUUGAUAUCAAUUCUGUUAGAAAUGAUACCAAUUACCUUUCUGCUAGUUAGUGUUUAUAGAUAAUUUGAAAUUAGAAGUACAGGGAUUUUGAAACGGCACCUUUAAUAUUUAUUAUGAUCUAGGAAUAUAUUUCCUAUAUCUACGUUAUUUAUUUUUACUUAAAAUAUAUUUUGCAAAUCUAACUAUGAAAAUUAUUCAAAAAAAUAAUACAAGCUCAGUGUUUUAUAUAUGCACUUGAGACUUACAAGACAUACUGCUAUCAUUCAUGUGUUAAGUAAUUUUCACAAGGCUAUGUGUAAAAGAUGACUUUGGGAUUUUAACUCUCAUUAAUAGAUAAAAUUGUGUUAUUAAUUUAUUCUACAAUUACUAUUGAUAUAAGUUCCCAUGCUUUUUAAUGAUCUUGGUAGUCAC